AUGAAAGAAUAAUAUUUGAAUAAAAAAUAAUAAUAAAUUAAUUGUUAAAUAAUUUAAAGUUUCAUAAACAAUUUUUUAAAAUUAAAUACAGCCUCAAUUGAAAUGCUCAAAGAUCCUGUUGACUUUUAUGUGAAUUUACAUAAGGGAAUAAAAAGAGCUGAAAAGAAUAUUUUAUUGAGUACAUUGUAUAUUGGAAUUGGGAAUAUGGAAGAAUUUUUAAUUAAGAGAUUGUCUAAUUAAUAAAGAAAAAUUUGAAUA